AUGCGUGAAAUUGCCCAUCUCCAAGCUGGUCAAUGCGGCAAUCAGAUAGGAGCCAAGUUUUGGGAGGUGAUCUCCGACGAGCACGGUAUAGAUCCAACCGGCACCUACCACGGUGACUCCGAUCUCCAGCUGGAACGCAUAAACGUUUAUUACAACGAAGCGUCGGGAGGGAAGUACGUUCCAAGAGCGAUCCUGGUCGACUUGGAGCCGGGGACAAUGGACGCGGUACGCUCCGGCCCGUUCGGCCAGAUAUUUCGGCCGGACAAUUUCGUUUUCGGGCAGAGCGGCGCCGGGAACAAUUGGGCCAAAGGCCACUACACCGAAGGCGCUGAACUCGUCGACUCGGUCCUCGACGUCGUCCGGAAAGAGGCCGAAAGUUGCGACUGUUUGCAAGGAUUUCAGUUGACUCAUUCCCUCGGUGGUGGAACAGGAGCUGGAAUGGGAACGCUGCUUAUAUCCAAAAUUCGUGAGGAAUAUCCGGAUAGAAUUAUGAUGACGUUCAGCGUGGUACCUUCUCCGAAGGUAUCCGACACGGUGGUCGAACCCUAUAACUGCACUCUGUCGGUGCAUCAAUUGGUUGAAAAUACAGACGAGUCUUAUUGUAUCGAUAACGAGGCCCUGUACGAUAUUUGCUUCCGUACGUUGAAGUUAACGACACCGACUUACGGUGAUUUGAAUCACUUGGUGAGCGCAACGCUUAGCGGAGUGACCACGUGUUUAAGAUUUCCUGGACAACUAAACGCCGACUUGCGUAAACUCGCUGUAAAUAUGGUACCCUUCCCCAGAUUGCAUUUCUUUAUCCCAGGUUUCGCACCCUUAACGUCCAGAGGUUCGCAGCAAUACAGAGCUCUAACGGUCCCGGAACUCACGCAACAAAUGUUUGACGCGAAAAACAUGAUGGCGGCGUGCGAUCCUCGCCACGGUCGUUACCUGACCGUGGCAGCCGUCUUUCGAGGGAGGAUGUCGAUGAAGGAGGUGGACGAACAAAUGCUCAAUAUUCAAAAUAAAAACAGUAGUUAUUUCGUGGAAUGGAUUCCUAGUAACGUUAAGACUGCCGUGUGCGACAUUCCCCCUCGCGGGUUAAAAAUGUCGGCAACUUUCAUUGGGAAUUCAACGGCGAUUCAGGAAUUGUUCAAGAGAGUAUCGGAACAAUUCACGGCGAUGUUCAGGCGGAAAGCUUUCCUGCAUUGGUACACGGGAGAGGGGAUGGAUGAAAUGGAAUUCACCGAGGCUGAGAGCAAUAUGAACGACUUGGUCUCCGAGUACCAGCAAUAUCAAGAGGCUACCGCCGAGGAAGAAGGCGAGUUCGACGAAGAAGAAGAGGGUGAGGGUGAACACCCGUAA